AUGGUGUUGCCCAACUCGCCCCGCACGUCGGUUUUCAACCCGAUCCCCGGUUUUCACGUCUAUCCACAGGCCUCCCGCCUCUCCGGGGAGUGCUCACCCAAAGUGAGCGUGAUCGCGCCUUCCACGCCCGCGCCCACGCCCAUCGACCUCAACUCCAGCCCGGUGGCCGGUGGCUCGUCAUCCGGCGGCGCGAGGAAACGCGUGCGGCAGAUGCCGGCCGGCGUGCUCCCGGACACCUGCAACCUGUUCGAGGAAAUGCCGUCCGCCGCUGACGAGGACUACAUGCAAAACCUCAUCUUCGAGGGCGGUGCGCCCGCCACUGGCUAUGAUCCCGACAAGACACAAAGCCAGGACGGCUGUGGGGCGUUCACGCCGGCCGCUGGCUAUGAUCCCGACCAGGCGGCCUUCAUGCGUGAUCAGGUUGGCAUCGACCUGGACGGCUUCCCCCUCGACCACGAGUUCCCGGACGACUACGGUCUGGAGGAAGAGGACGAGUGCGACAUCGACGUGGAGCCUUUGUUCGAGGACGAGCUCGCCAACCAAGCCGCCAGUCGUAAGCCGAAGCGCAAGAGCAAGCGUACGAAAGCGUACACGGCGGCCGAGGACAAGCUUCUUUGCGACAGCAGCAAAGGAGAGGUGCGGAGAAGAGUUGGAUGGGGAAGCACCAUCACCAUGGACGACUUCCCCUCCAGGAUCAGCAUCGACCAUGGAUGA